CCUAAAAUAAUUUCUGCGUGACGUCAAUAACCCGCAGACGGACCUCCGAUUGGCCGGAUCGUAGAAUGAAAGGGGCGUGGUUUCGUGUCGUCGCCGCCCACGACCCCGGCCUUCGUUUUCUCGGGCAAUUCGUCAAAAUUUCGGCAAUCUCGCGAUGCCUCUUAGUCGCUGACGCGAUUCGGUGUUUUCCAAAACGCGCCAUGCCUAGAAAACGACGAUCGAUCAGUUCGGAAGAUUCCGACGAAGAUUUCGACGAUGUUAGACAUCCUCAGAGAAACGCUGCCAACGCAAGGGAACGGGCCAGGAUGCGGGUGCUUAGCAAAGCGUUUUGCAGACUGAAAACCACUUUGCCAUGGGUGCCUGCGGACACCAAGCUUUCUAAACUGGAUACUCUGAGGCUUGCUACCAGCUACAUCGCCCAUCUCAGAGCUGUUUUGAUGGACCAACCGGAACCCGCGGAUCUCCAUAAGCAUCCUCUUACUUUGACCUGGCCCUUCAGUUUCCAGCGAACGGAUGCUUCCGCAGAUGGUCCACCUUACCAUCCCGAAAGGGACUCUCACCACCUCAACAACCACGCCCCCUGGGGGGACGAGGUGUCAUCGGGUCAGCACCCUGCCGUCGUCAGGGAUAAAGACGUAUCCUAUUACUACUGAUUUAUUUAGGAAAGUGUCGCCGGCUGCGGACAAAAUUAUUCGCCGUUUAGGAAGAAGGCGAUUAAGACGAUUUAUUACGUGGUUAUUUAUUAAAGAGAUAAGCGAUGUCAGUUUAGAACCCCGCCCCUUAUUUAACGCUUCAAAGAAAACAAAUAUUUAGCAAUUUGUCACUUUCAGGCGUCGAAAUUAUAAAUAAUGGUUUUGAAACGCCACGCAUAAGACGUAUACGCAUUAGUUUAGGAAGUAAAAUUUUAUUUAUGGAUUCAACGCAGAUAUUAUGCUGUAGUUAUCGACAAUUAGUGCAAUAAAGUCUGAA